GAGCUGUAGAAUACAGUAACAACGUGUAGUAAUUAUAUAAUAUACUACAGCAUAGCCUACUAGAAUUUACCACAGUUUACUAUAGAAAGUCCUGCAGUAUCUUUUCAUGUGGGUUAAACGGUGAUUCAAAUCUCUGCCCAAUGACAAAUAAAUCAGGCGGCAAGAAAAGCAUUUACUAGUGGAUUGGGCAACAAAGCGUUUAAAAUGGGCGUGUUUAAUAGUUUCUCAUCGGAAUGUAGAGACACGGAGCUGAGCUUCAGGUGAACGCGGCUGCACGCGAAGCUGCUGCUGCUGCACGCGACUGUUUAACGGUGAUCUCUGUCGACUUCUGUCCUAAUGAAACAUCUAUUUGCUCAUGCAAAACGUGUCCAGUGAUUUCUGAGGUGUGUGACUGUGAGUAGACUUCACACAAACUGAUCUGAGAUCAAGUCUUGGGAACAUGUAUUGCGCUUCAGAUAUUCUCCACGAGGACACUGGACCACUGAUAUGAAACUGAAAGCGAGAUUUUUAUAAAACGGCACCUGGAAAGUUAUUUUCCCGCGGAUCAUCGGAGAUCAUGUAAAGUACAUUUCUGUGAGAUAUUAUUUUUGAAUCAAAUUCUCUUCAUUAGUCUAUGGACAGCUCCUUCUUCUGAGAAACACUACGCAUUAUAUCCAGCAAAGGAAAUACGUAUAAAGCAUGGAUGCAGUAAGGUUUCCCGACUUUUUUCAUUAUAUAAACCAUUGGGAUCACACAUCUCUUGGUGUUUAUUUUAUCAGAUGAGUAAUUUUUCAUAUCUUUGGGACAUAACAUUUUUUCAGUUAUUUUGGGACACCUGACGAAGAAUCAAAAUGCAAAAGUCAAACAACAGGAAGCUGUCUCUGUGCCAGACCCUUAUCAUCAUAACAGUGCUGCUGUGUCCAGGUUGCUUGUCAUCUCAGCAUUUAUCCAGGAGAGCAGAGGUGGGUGGCGAUGGACCACAGAUGCAAAGUCAGCUGCACUUUAUGAAUGAAUGGGCAUCAUGGGGAGGUUGGUCUGUGUGUUCACGCUCUUGCGGUGGAGGAGCCUCUGUACGUACCCGAACGUGUAUCACCAGAAAUCUUGUCGGAGGGCCGUGUCCAGGAGACACCAGGCAAUAUAAGAUUUGCAACACAAAGGAGUGUGCCGCUGGCUCUAUGGACUUCCGAGAACUCCAGUGUGAAGCUUUCAAUGACAGACCUGUGGUUGCUGGCAACAGUUAUCACUGGACUACCUUUCAUGGAGGCUCUGAACCCUGUGAGCUCAGCUGCCUGGCUGUUGGACACAAUUUCUACUACAACUUUGGACGGGUGCUUGAUGGCACUCCUUGCCAAUCAGAACACGGGACUGUCUGUGUGAACGGAAAGUGUCUGAAGCCAGGAUGUGAUUUGAUCUUUGGAUCGCAGCAGCAGGAGGACGCCUGCAUGGUGUGUGGUGGCCACAACGCAACCUGCCUUCUUCACCGCAGUGUCUAUAAGACCAACGAGCACAAUAACGCUGGACUGUUUGGGUACAACGAGGUCACUAUGAUCCCGGCCGGAGCCACACACAUCAGAGUGACUGAUAACAGCCGAAACUAUCUAGCCCUCCAAAAUGGCCGCUCUCAGUUUGUGAUCAAUGGGAACUGGAAGAUUAAUGUUCCAGGAGAAUACAGCGUGGCAGGAACCAAACUGGUUUAUCGGCGCUCAGCUGAUACCUGGGAGAGUUUUGAAGUCCCGGGACCUACUCAAGAGGAUCUGCACAUUAUGGUCUUGUCCACAGAUAAAACCUCUGGAAUUGAAUAUGAGUAUUGGCUUCCACCAGACCGCUAUGCUUUGUAUCAUGGGAGAAGUCCACUUCGACAGCCUCAGCACACAGAGAACUACCUGCCCUUUGACCCUCCAACCAUUACUACCACUACCACCACAACCUCUACUACUACUACUACCACAACACAGCCAGCUGUGAAACCUCCUUUCUGGGGUCUUGCUGGCCGCUGGUCCUUUCAGCAUCCCUAUCAGCAGCAACCAGUUCCACGUUUGGAAAGAGAUGAAAACCGCAGAAACCGGUUGCCUGAGAUACAUCAUAAAGGGCACUGUGGGAAAUGCCGAAGGGUACGAGGAAAAGGGGAACGCCAGAGACAGUAUUGUAAAAAAGAUUUCGUAUUUAGAGUAAAGGUGCUAGAAAAGGUAUAUCGCGGUGAAGAGACCCGCUACGAUGUCCAGAUCAUCCACACGUACCGUAACCGUUAUCGCGUGGAGCACCGUGAGUUCCUGUGGGCACCCAACAGAUGUGACUGUCCACUCCUUGAGGAGGGCCACCAGUACGUGUUGAUGCUGCGACGUCACAUCAAUUACGAACGCACUCUUAAUCGCAUUCUCUUAGAAGAGGACAGCUAUGCUCAGCCCUAUCGAGCACGUGAGGAUAGCUUGGUUCGCCCCCUAGAGGAGCUCUGCGGUAACAGAGGAACCAGACCUCAGUUUAGGAGGUAAACACCUGGAAACAAUCUUUUAAAGCGCACUUAUCCUGAAAUUCAACUCGAAAAAACAAGGCACAGACCUUCUCUGACACUGACAUUUAAAUCAAUGACGUGAUUUUACUAAAGCAAUUUGCAUUCCGGAAAAUGGACACUUUGUUGGGAUAAAUUAUCUCCGUGAGGCAAACCAAAGAAAAUAAAGUCACUAAAUGUA